GAGUUUACAGCCGCACAACAAGCUCGAGCCACAGAAGCAACAACGUCCAAUACGCCGCUGUCCUCCUGUCGUCCCUUUAACUAGCUAGUUAACUAACGAACUGCAGUUAACCUAAUCAACGACUGACAACAACUCAGCCAUGAAGGAGCACACAAAUUUCGUACUUUGGCUGCAACUUUUAACAGCUUGCCUGGUGUUUGGAGUGAACGGUGAUUACUGUGAGGUGAAUGUGUGCACUAAUGGUGGAACCUGUGUGACCGGGUCAGGAGCUCCCUUCAUCUGUAUCUGCCCUGAUGGUUUCUCUGGAGAAACCUGCAAUGAGACUGAGACUGGGCCCUGCAACCCCAACCCAUGCAAAAAUGAUGCCAUCUGCGAGGUGACAGGCCACUCCCGCCGCGGUGACGUCUUCAGCGAGUACGUCUGCAAGUGCCAGCAAGGCUUCGACGGAGUCCACUGCCAGAACAAUGUGAAUGACUGUGCCGGCCAGCCAUGCCAGAAUGGUGGCACCUGCAGGGACCUGGAAGGAGAUUUCAAAUGCCACUGCCCGUCCCCUUAUGUGGGCAAACAUUGCCAAUUGCGCUGUAUUUCUCUGCUCGGCAUGGAGGGAGGGGGCAUCGCUGAGUCCCAGAUCUCAGCUUCAUCAGUCCGUUACAGCCUGCUGGGCCUGCAGCGCUGGGGACCUGAGCUCGCCCGCCUUCACAACAAGGGACUGGUUAACGCCUGGAGCGCCGCUGCACAUGACAAGAACCCGUGGAUAGAGAUCAACAUGCAAAGGAAGAUGCGCAUUACAGGUAUCGUGAUGCAGGGCGCCAGUCGCAUUGGAACCGCCGAGUUCAUUAAGGCCUUCAAGGUGGCAUCCAGCCUGGAUGGCAAGACUUAUACCAUGUACAGAACAGACGGACAGAGGAAGGACAAUGUAUUUGUUGGAAACGUGGACAACGACAGCACCAAGACCAACCUGUUUGACCCCCCAAUCAUUGCCCAAUACAUCCGCAUUGUCCCUGUGGUGUGUCGCAAGGCCUGCACUAUGCGCAUGGAGCUGGUGGGCUGUGAACUCAACGUGUAUUCAAACACUUCAGGUUGUUCAGAGCCGAUGGGCAUGAAGUCCCGGUUGGUGUCUGACCGCCAGAUCACGUCCUCCAGCACCUUCCGCACCUGGGGCAUCGAGGCCUUCACCUGGCACCCUCACUACGCCCGUCUGGACAAACAGGGAAAGACCAACGCCUGGACCACGCCCCAACAAUCAAAUAGGAAGGGGGAAACUCAGGUGGACCUUGGUUCUACCAAGAAGAUAACUGGAGUCAUCACGCAGGGGGCCAAAGACUUUGGCUCCAUCCAAUUCGUCACAGCCUUCAAAGUGGCUCACAGUGAUGAUGGCUCGUCCUGGACCGUUGUGACGGACGCAACCACACAGAAAGACAAGAUCUUCCCAGGAAACAGCGACAACAACGUUCACAAAAAGAACAUCUUCGAGCCCUCGUUCUACGCCCGGUACGUCCGCAUCCUGCCGUGGGAGUGGCAUGAGCGCAUCACCCUGCGAAUGGAGCUUCUGGGCUGUGACGAGUAGCGCCGGCCUGGUCCAGCCUCCCUCCCCCUCCUCCUCCUCCUCUCUCUACCUCCCCCCUUCCCUCCUCGCUUCCCUCCCUCCCUUCUCCCUCCUGAGCCACACCUGCACUGCCUUGCUCUCAGCCCUAGGGGGCAGCAAACACCAGAGUAGCACACCACCACCCCAACCCUGGCUGGUUGCAGGUGGGAGAUGUUACCUUUAACCACUGUUACCAGGGCCCUGAUUGAGUUUAGCUCACAGCGUUCCCUCUUUGUUCGUUUCCUGAAUAGAUCACUCUUCUUUUCCACCUGAACCAAAUCUGUGAUCAUUUCAAGAAACGACCGUAUAUCUUCUUUGUCACUGAGCAGAGCUCAGGGUCCGAUUUGUAUCCCACCUAGCGGCUAAAUCAAAGGUGUUGACUCCCUCAUCCCUGUGUCUAAGGUCAGGGGUAACAGGACUGCUGCUGUAUUAGUUGGUGCUGUCCAGAUUCUGAUCCUAGAUCAGUUCUACCUGGAACAUUGAACCUCCAAGACCUACGGCUGGUGAUGUACAUAAGCUCCACUUGACAGCUUGCUCACAUCCUAUAACCAAACACUUCACUUCCCCUCAAGCCGCACAGAAUAUAUAUAUAUAUAUAUAUAUAUAUAUAUAUAUAUAUAUAUAUAUAUAUAUAUAUAUAUAAUUAAACAAUCAAUCAAUUUUAUUUGUCCAGUGAAAGGUUAUCCAUCAUUCAGAUGAUACAUUAAUGCUUAGUUAUUAUUUUUCUUUACCAAAAAGUGAAUCUACACAUAAGUAAAUAUGAUUGAUAUAUUGGCAAGAAACCUUUAAUCUGAUAAGAAACAUGCUUGUUGCUCUUUGAUGGGGAAAGUAAUACCAAAUAGUUAUAAAAAAAAAAAAAGCUCUGUUGAGCAGAAAUAAGACACUCAAAAUCUGAAGGUGUCCCACUGUGAGUGUUUUAGUGUUCCUUAUAUUUCUCUGCAGUGGUUUGGACAGUAAAAUCCUCAGUUCAUGUUUCCUACAGUACAUUUCUUGGAACUGCUUUAGAGGGUUAACAUCCAAGAUGUAAACAUAGUAUUCACUCUGCAGCCAACAACAGAAAUGUGAGCAUCCCACUAUUUACACAAUUCCUCAUUUUUACUAAACAUGUGUACAAACAUGUACUCCCCAAGCAUUUGGAGGCUUGUGCCAACACACCCUCAGACUUUUGUUUCUGUGGGUUUAUUUAGAAAAAUAUAGUUUAUGGUGAACUGACGCAGACACACACCGAAUGAAAGAUUAUUCACAUAAAUUAGAUUUUAGAUUUCAUAUCAUUGUGGGACAUUGAAGUCAAUGAACCAUCACAGUCAGUCAGUUUAGCAGCCAAACAGAUGUGAACUAAAGGCCAGAAGAAACGCCCUCAUUGACAGACAGGCUCUUCUGAACAAUUGACCAAAAAGAGUUUGAGAUCAUUGUUGAGUGAAAGAGCAGAGGCACUUUAUCUCUUUUGAAAAGUGAGCGAUUGACUGAGAUUUACACGUACUGCUGUCAUGGGCUGAUUUGACAUCUUACACAAGAACUCACAUUUUGAAGUCUUACAUUAUUCAUUCAGAGUUUGUUUUUGUUUUUACACGUGACAGCUAUUGCAGUAUUCAUGUCAUUGGCUGCUACAAUGUGUAACAAAUUUUAUGAGGUGGUUAAUUAAAAGAAACAACAGGCUGUUGAGGUGAAAUUAUUGUAGAAAGAAGCAUGUGUUGAGAUUGUUAUAACCAGAACCACUUCAGAUCUGGACACUUCCACACUUCCCACAAAUCAAAAAACAAUGUUUUUGUUUUUUAAGGCUGACAGGGUUUUUGAAAUGACAGUAUUAAAUUCAAGACUUUGUCCAUUGUCUUCAUUACUAAUUGGUUAGAAUCAUAAACGGAGAAAUAAACAAUAGUGUAGAGGCUGCAAGAUAAAUAUUUCUGAUGGAUGUUAUCGUCUCAGGUCAAAGCAGAUCAGCUCCUAAUGUACAGUCAAUGCUACUGAAACAUUUCUCAUUCAUACACACACACACACACACACACACACACACACUGCUGUGCUUCACAGUUUCACCUCUUUUAUGGCACUUUGAUGUUUGUGUUUUGACAUUUAAAAUUUUAGUAUUAUUUCAAACCGUAUAAUUGAAGUGUUUAAGAGCAGUAAACAUAUUACAUGUAAAAGUAUAAGCAAAAGAAAAUAUACUCGCAGUUCAGUUUCUUUGUCCGAUUAAACUGAGCUUUGAAAGUCUGGGGGAAUCCCUUGCUUUGGUUGUUUAGUGUUAUGUGACAUGCCUAUAUACAAUACUUUUGUACUGAGAUCUGUCCGUAUUAGUGGAUGUUAAUGUCUGCUGCAGCCCAUAUAUUCAGGGUCCAACAUUUAGCCUCCAGUUGAAAGCUGAGGCCCCGCUGAUAAGACGUAAUAGAGAAACCAAAUUAAAACUGAUUUUUACGGUCCCACUGGACAUGUGACACGAUCCGUCACAUCAUCUGCUUCUGCCGCUCCCCGUCACAGUAUUCUAAACCUUUCCACCCCAUGAGUUAUGAAUAAUGGGCUUGUGCAAUAUAAUACUGUGUUAGUUUUGAUAACGAUGAAUAUUAAUUCAAGAUCUUUAAAAAAUGCAUAAGGGGAUAGCGGUGUCACUGAGAGGUUGUUGUCAAACCCUAUACAAUAUUUAUUAUUGUUGCAGACAAUUCCAUAAGCAGUCACCCUUGUUAUCCACGUCUGCAUGCAUUUUUAUUGACUAGUGUUACUUAAGUUGAACCGAUUUUGAAUUUAUUGGUGACUUAGCUUCAUAUAUUUUCUCGGUGUUUAUCAACAUUCAAAGUAUUGUAUAUAUUUUGUGUCCCCACUGUUCAGGUUUUCUAUGAUUGAUUAAAAAAAAAAUAAUGGAUGUGUUUUAUGAUAUUAUAUGAGUUAAUUUCCUGCUAUACUGACUGUUGACCUCCAUAGAAGUUUGACGGGAUUUAAAAAAAAAAAGAAUCAUUUCAGUAUUGUGUUUCUAAGAGGAUUCCUUUUAUGUUUGGUAUUUGUAUCUUAAAAUGAAGAAUAAAUAAUUUAAAACAGAAAUUUUUAAUCGACUCUAAAUGGCUUCAAUAGCAAUAGUUUUUACUUCUAUGUAUAUCACUGGAUGGAAGAUUUAGGUUGUAUUAAAUAUUCAUAUUGCUGAAUUAAUUGGAGCCGUUUUCCAUUUAAAAAGGUGGCAGAUCAAAAGACUGCCUGUUUAGCAUUUAAACACCCCAGGGGCCUAAUCUCUCUUUAUACCACUAUCCAAUCUUCCAAAGGUGUCUUCACCCGAGGAGGGCACAUCCCGCUUAGCCUCAUUACAGUCUGUGAAGGUCACACUAAAGUGGUGAAAUCCCUCUGUAGGGGUUUAAAACACAAGAAAAUACGUUGACACUGUGAAGGCUAAAUGAUGGGGGUGCACUGUUCCAGCACAGCAGACUGUAGUAUUGGAGGAAAAAGGCUGUUGUACACCAGAUGACGUCACUUUUCGUGCUCAAUUAGUAAAUGGCAGCCAAUUAUCAUGCAAGACAACAGUUGUCUUAUAUGAUGAGCUCAUCUAGUUACCGCCAGCACUCAACACACCAGCUGUUUUUCCCUCGUGAUGGAGUUGCUGACAUUUAAAGUGUUGAGGACCUAAUGACAGUUUUCUCCUCUGUGUCCCCUUUGUUAUUUAAUAAAAUGCCAAAUUUUCCA